AUGGAACAUUACUCCCUUUGGCGCAUCUCCCUUAACAGUCACGUUUUUGAUAGAUCAGAUUUAGAUGCACCACUCCACUGGUUUAUAUCGAUUGAGUAUCACCACUUGCGUAUUCCACAUCGGUUUCUCAAGAUACGCAGUUGUGUAAUUAUGGUUUCAGUAUGCUUAAAAACGUGGAAGCUUGUAGGUCGUUCUAUUUGUGCCUGUAUAAUCAUGUGAUGGUUAUGAAAGGAAAGAGGUCCUUUUAG